AUGCCGCUCACCCAUAUAGUCCUUUUCCAAUUCAAAGCUGACACGCCCCCCGAAGUCGUCAAAGAUGUUUGUUCUCGCAUGCUGGCUUUGAAGGACAAAUGCAUCCAUCCGGCAUCUCAAAAGCCAUACAUCAAAUCCUCGUCGGGCGGUGUAGACAAUUCCCCUGAAGGGAUGCAGGGUGGCAUCACCCACGCCUUUGUAGUUGAGUACGACAGCGCCGCCGAUCGGGAUUACUAUGUCAAUGAGGACCCAGCGCAUCGGGAAUUCGUCCAGAGCUUGGGGGAUGUGCUUGAGAAAGCACAGGUCAUUGAUUUCACCCCUGGGGUUUUCUGA